AUGGUUACCCCCACUACCCACACAACACCCAGUGUCGCUGCCCCUAUCUCUCUGCGUGCCCAUCUCGAAGCCGCUAUCUCGAACCCAUCGUCUGCGUCUGCGCAAGCCAACUUGCUGAACCACCUUCAGUCUACCCUGGCCGCCGUCCGUCCCCUGCCCCGAUCCCAAGCCGCCGCUACCACUACCCCUGCUAGCCCGGCCCACGCCUCCACGCCAGCCACCCAGCCUACAUUUGCUCCAGUGCCAAGCAUCACCCCUGCUGCUGUCGCUUCUGCUCUUGCUGCCGCUACCGUCGCUGGUCGUCGUCACACUCUGUCCUCUACUCCCGUUCCUCCUGCCGCCUCACACAUCACUGUGGCUCAGAAGCAACGCCUAGAACAGAUCCGAUACUAUCAACAGCUCAUCGCACAGCUUAACGCAACGAUGCCUGCUGCUACUGAUGGCUCGGUCCCGACGCUGCCUUUCGAGGCGCGUCCCAUGGACUCUAUCAAGACCGAACCCGCCGGUUUCAACGCCGCCGCGUUCGGACUCAACCCCAUGUCUGCUGACGACCCCUCGUGGAUCGGACACGGAUUCCAGGCUGCCGCCGCCGAGGACUUCCUCUCUUCACCAGAGUGGACCGACCCUUCGCCGGCGCUGACUGACUCGAUGUCUUUCGAGAUCAACUCGUGCGACCCCAGUCCGCUGCUGCCUCUCGACAGCUACGAGGAUGAUUUCGGAGUGCCCGGCAUCGCCGGCGCUCCCCUCUUCCCUCCUCAGGAUGGAUACGCCUCGUCCAACGUGAGCCCGCUCGAGCUCGCUCACUCGGACUUUGGCACCACCACGGUCGGUGACUUUGGCGCUCCCGAAAUGGGCUCCGACUUCACCCUCUUCCCCGAGACCAAGCCUGCCAAGCUGCCCAUCGAGAUGGCCUUCAGCAAGCUCAGCAAGCCCGCUGCUGGCAUGAGCGGAUCCACCGAGGACCCCGCCAUGACUCUGCUGCGAGCUCUGAGCAGCGCUGCUCUGUCCAACUCGUCGUCUUCGAGCUCCGCCAGCGUCACUGUCUCCCAGAGCAACGGCGCUUCGGCUCCGGCGCUCACGGCUUCUCCGCUGGCCUUCACCUCGAUGCCUGCUCCUUCGGCACCGGUGCUUGCCCCUGCUCCCUCGAGCCCGCCUGCUCUGGACCGAAGGGUCUCUUCGUCGUCGUCGCUGUCGACCUCGUCCUCUCACAAGGCGAGCGAGUCCCGCGGUACCAAGCGACGACUCGAAUCGAGCGACCUCCUGCCUUUGGAUGCGCCCAUCCAGAAGCGUACCUACUACACGGCCUCGGCCACUUCGCGACGCGACACGGCUCCCAACGCCGCCGCCGCUGCUGAAGAGGACGAGUUCGCGGAGGAGGAGGCCGCCAUCCGACGCGAGAAGGACCCUCGCGUUGCCAAGCGUCUGUCCAACACGCUGGCCGCCCGACGCUCUCGUCACCGAAAGGCGGAAGAGCUGCGCCUGCUCCACGAAAAGAUCGAAGCCCUCACGGGCGAGGUCGAGUCGUGGAAGCGACGAUGCGAACUUGCCGAGAAGGAGAGGGACGAUGCGCGAGCACUUCUGUGA